GCCAGUUCUUUGAGAUGGUGUCGCCACACCAAGCCGUCACUGCAGUUGUUGACGUUGCCAAAGAGGUGGCUUUGAGCACUGGCACGUGCACAGUCACAGUCUUCAAGCAACGCCGUGUCCGGGGGUUUCUUGGUGGUUCGCCUGGGGGGUUUCUCAGCAAAGUUGCCACGAGCUUCGUGCUUGCAGCUGAUGAAGCUGCCUGGGUUCGCUCCCGCGUUGCGCAGCGAGCUGCUGGCUUCUUUGUCCCUGGCAAGUCCUGGGAUCAGCUUGCAUUGUGCCGCAGAUAUGUGGAUGACUUGCUGCUCAUUUCCCGGGCCUGGUGCUUCACUUGCCUCUGUGUGCUUCCCAGCGAGAUCUAUUCCGUGCCGUUUGACGCUGGACCUUGCAGCCGCCAGCUCUCGUGGCUUGAUUUCCUCAUUGACCUGGAUCUGUGUGCUCUUGAUAUCAAGUCUGCUCCCAUCACUUGCCCACCUCCAUGGGAUGUGAGCCAAUCUUACUUGAGAAGCUUCUUUUGGGGCAGGCUGGCCCGAUAUCGUCAAUUGGGGCUACGGGCGGAAGUAUGGCAGCGUGAUGUCGUCAUGCACUUGCUUUCCCUGCGCCAACGCGGGUUUAAGGAGUUCAAAGACUCGCCUCAGACCCCUUGCAGCCGUUGUUGGGGCAGCGGCAAGGGCUGGACGCAGCGGGGGCACAACUCCUACUACAACCAGUCUAACGGGCAUCGGUGGCAAAGCGGUUUUGGUGGCCAACCGCAGACCGUAAGGGUUGAAAUCGAUCAUGUGCGAGGUUCGGCUUCCCGCAAGCGCCGCAAAUCAAAGAAAGAUAAGCGCCAUGAUCAUUUUGAGUCCUCUUCAGAGUCGGAGUCCUCUUCGUCUCCUCACAAGCAUGGGCGCAAGAGGCCUUCAGGAUUUAGCGACAAGGAGAAUGCCAGGUUGCAAUCAGAGCUUGAGACACUACGCAAAGAGAAAGCGGAUCGGGAGGCUGCUGACCGAAAACAAGAGCUCAUGGCAGAGGUUCGAGCUAUCACUGCCGAGAUUGCGGGCAAGUUCCAGACGCAUGCCCCUUCGCAACCAGCUGCCAAAGAGCCCUCCAACCAGUUGCCGGGGGCCAGCAAGCCUGUGGAUUGUACUGCUCUCACCCCGGCUGAAAAGAUGGCAGUUUUUCACAGCUUGGACGGCUACGUCGGCGUGAAGUCUGCCAAGUCUUGGGCUGAACUGGAAGAGACUUUGGCGAACGAGGAUGAAGGGGUCUUGAAGGACUUGUUCCGCAAGGUUUUCCGACGUGGCGGGCUACCUAAAUCAAACCCUGCUAUGGCUCGCAAAUUGGUCAUUGGCCUCCAGAGCAGCAUUGCGGAGUUCGCAGAACAGUGA